GUCCUAAAAUCCGUCUCCUGACCAACAAUUAAAUUUGAAUUGGUAAUCAACUGGAAAGCCAGAAGUGUUCGCAAUGGUGAAGGUUAACCAAGAACCGCCGCCGCCCUGCGAUUGGCAUUGAAUGCGUGGAAAAAAAAAUCACGAUAAACCUGAAUUAGACGGGCACAGGUUCUAAGGUAGGGGCCUUUGGAGCUAAGCUCGAAAAAAAUUGCCAAUGUGUGUGUAAAAGUAAUUCUUGGGGGCCCAAAUAAGCCGCAAAGAAGUGUCGGUGGGUUUAGGAGAAUUCUUCGCUUUUUUUCGCGCGAGCGUGAUUUUUUUCUUAGCCGCAAUGGCCCAUCACAUAUUCGCAAACAUCGACGGCCUCACGGGCGGUUGAUGGGGCUUGAUUAAUUGAAAGGUUCCCGUCCGCAUUUGAAGCAGACUCCGCAUCAAUCCGCCGUGAUAUUCCGUCGUGUACGGCUCGUGAGAUUUUUGUGCGGUGGCAUUGAGAGCUCUCCAACAUAUUAUGUCAACCACUCUCCCAGUGAUUUUGUAAUAAUAAAGAAUUUGAUUAAUUCCUAAAGCAGUGCGAAUACGCGCAUCAGUGAUUUAUAAGCCGUGAGCCCGCAAACACUUUGCUCCCCAUUUCAGUGCUUCAUAUUGCAAUUUUUUUUAUUUUAAAUUUAUUUCUCAACCGAAAAGCCCCCCAAUUUGGACAUUUUUCGUGCAAUUUUAAAUCAUCACAGAGCAGGGGAUUGGUGGACAAUUACUUGGUGCUCUUGAGCGUGCAGAGUGAACUAAAGAUCAUCAUUUUCGAGAGGAUCGUACGGAGUGUUCUUCUUGACAUUGAAGAUCGUCUAUUUGAGGAGUUUUUGUUGGCUUCAAAGAAGACAAAAACGCCAGAUUUUGAGAAUUCCCGAUCAUCACACAGUAUGAUCAGAGGAAGCAGAGUGCGAGGACUGAAUUGAGAGACUCACUGUACACGAAAGUAAAGGCUGAGAUGAAUGACGUACCAGCAGCUCAGGCAGCCGGUUCAACGCUGCCCCUUGUGCAGCUCCGGAAGGAUGAAGAAGCGGGCGAGUACAACCCCUUUGAGCACCGAAAGGUCGCCCAUCCAACCACAAACACCGAAACCCUCGUCCAUCUCCUCAAGGGAUCCCUCGGCUCGGGAAUCCUGGCUAUGCCACUGGCCUUCCUGAAUGCUGGGCUGUGGUUCGGUCUCAUUGCCACCUUUGCCAUUGGCAUCAUCUGCACGUACUGCGUCCACAUCCUCGUCAAGUGUUCGCACAUCCUCUGCCGUCGUGCCCAGAUCCCGUCACUCGGAUUCGCCGACAUUGCCGAAACGGCCUUCCUGGCUGGUCCAGAUGGGCUCCACAAGUGGUCACGAUUCGCUCGAUUUAUCAUCAAUCUCUUCCUCGUGGUUGACCUCAUUGGUUGCUGCUGCGUGUACGUUGUCUUCGUCGCUACGAAUAUUAAGCAAGUUGUCGAUCACUACUACUCCGUGGAUCUCGAUGUGCGCGUCUACAUGGCCGCCCUGUUGCUCCCACUGAUCCUCAUCAAUCUCAUCCGCAAUCUCAAGUACCUCACUCCCUUCUCCAUGGUGGCUAAUGUGCUCAUUGCUGCAGGGAUGGGAAUCACAAUGUGGUACAUUCUCACCGAUACGCCCUCCGUGUCUGAACGCCAUGCCGUUGCGGACUUCAAGCAGUGGCCAAUGUUCUUCGGCACUGUCAUCUUCGCCCUGGAAGGCAUUGGUGUUGUCAUGUCGCUGGAGAACAACAUGAAGAGCCCACAGCACUUUAUUGGAUGCCCCGGAGUUCUCAAUACUGGAAUGGCCUUUGUUGUUGGCCUAUACGCCUCCGUGGGAUUCCUCGGCUACCUCAAGUACGGCGAAGAAACCAAGGGGAGCAUCACGCUCAAUCUUCCCACAGAAGAAAUUUUGGCUCAAUCUGUGAAGCUAAUGAUUGCCAUUGCCAUCUUCCUGACAUACUCCCUCCAGUUCUACGUCCCAAUGGAGAUUCUGUGGAAGAAUCUGAAGGGAAAUUUCAAUGAGCACAGGAAUGCCGCUGAAUAUUCACUCAGGAUUGGUCUUGUGAUCCUAACAGUGGGUAUUGCAGCUGCCAUCCCCAAUUUGGGGCCCUUCAUUUCCCUCAUUGGUGCCGUCUGCCUUAGCACACUUGGCCUGAUCUUCCCAUCAGUCAUUGAGAUCGUCACAUACUGGGAAGAUGGUAUGGGCCGAUUUAACUGGAGGCUAUGGAAGAAUAUCCUUCUCAUCCUUUUCGGCAUUAUUGGCUUCAUCACUGGCACCUAUGUCAGUGUAAUUGAAAUAAUCGAAUCGCAUCUGUAGACUAAAAUUAUUUCGCCCCCACGAGAGAAUCUUCUUGCGAUGUAUUUAUCCUGACUCUGUCCGCAAAGGAAGCAGCAAAGAAAAAUUCAAGAAAAUUUUAUCAUUUCAACAUCAUCCUUCACGCAUGUUUUAUCCUUUUCUUUAGUUAGCGAAUUUACUGUGUCGAUUUUCUUUUCUUUUUCUAGUGAAAAUGAUAAAAUUGUGAUUUCUCUCAAUGUCCUAUAUUAUAUAAUAUUUUAUUUCUCUUUAGUUGUAUGAAAGACAAAAAUAUUAUUAAAAAAAAUCAACGUUUUUUUAAAAAAUAAAUUAACGUACUUUUAGGCAAAUUUCAGGAUAGUAUCUAUUAGAAGGAAAAAAAAGCUCAAAAAACCCUUUGAAAAAAAAAGUCUAUUGCAUUGGAAGAAUUUUCUAAAAAAACUGUGGUGAAAAAAAGAAAAA